AGGUUACUUAUAUGCAGUUGUUCUGGGAGCUUUCCACUGCAGAUCCACAGAGCGAGCUUUUACGGCCUCAACUGCCAGCUUUCCAUACGCGGCUCUGAAUAGGCUCCUGUUUGCUGCUUCUGAACACGACAUUUCCUGCUCAAGCUGGGAAUAUAAAGGACAAAGAAUGAUGGUCAACAUAAUAAUGUUUUGCCUGAUGGGAGCAGUUUUUGCCAAUCCAAUUUCCUUCAAUGCCGUUUUGGAAUCGAAUGAGCUUGACUCAAACUCGACUGAAAGUUUGUCCGUUUUACAAUCAUCGCAGAAUGGAACCUCAGAGCUCCUGAGCUCUGAAGAAAGUUCCUCAAAUCAAAGUCAGAGUUCAGAGUCUUCAUCAGAAUCAGAAUCAACAUCAACAGAAUCAACAUCAGAAGAUAAGACUGAAGAGGAGAGUAACAGUCUACUGGAUGAGAAAGAUGUGGCAGACUCCAUGGCUGAAACCACAGAUAAUAGCAUGGGCAGUGAGGAAAACAUCCGGAAGAGUUGGGUUCAAGCGUUUGCGACCGUCAUCCGAGUUCAGAGUGCAGAGGACAACUCCAGCACAGAGGUCAAGGGUCAGUCAGAGCAACUGACUAAAAAACUGGCCAAUAAUAGCACCACCAUCCGACAGGGGGCUGACACACAGCUGCCGCUGGUGGAGACUCCCGCUGACAGCAGUGACACCACCAGCGACAGUGCAAACACCAGCGAAGGUGCUACUGCGUCCACCAGUGACAGCAGUGAGAGCAGCAGUAGCGAAAGCAACGAGACCAGUGAGACCAGUGACAGCAGUGACAGCAGGGACACCAACGCGAGCGUGGAGGAGAGCAAUGCCAGUGACAACGCUUUGCUGGGACAACUCGAAACCAAAGACUGUGUGAACGGAACUCAGAGCUGUGAGAGUGAAGAAUAUUUGUUCCAAGAUAUAGGAGACGACGCUCAUUACUCAGUGGACUCUCUGAUGGUGCCAGAUGACGAUGAAAGGGAGUUAAGUUUAAGGAGAUGAGGUUGUGCAGCUCUAUUUUUCCCACUAUUGACUUAACAUAUUAACUGCAUCUGAUUGAUUUUUGUAUAUGUGAUUGAUAUUUUGACAAUAAUGGAGACUAAGCACAUACUUUGUUUUGAUAAUAAUAAUAA